AGACCCUGAUGGACACGAAGUGGGUGACCUCUGAGUUGGCAUGGACAACUCAUCCAGAGACGGGGUGGGAAGAAGUCAGCGGUUACGACGAGGCCAUGAACCCCAUCCGCACGUACCAGGUGUGCAACGUGCGGGAGGCCAACCAGAACAACUGGCUUCGCACCAAGUUCAUCCAGCGCCAGGACGUCCAGCGCGUCUACGUGGAGCUAAAGUUCACGGUGCGGGACUGCAACAGCAUCCCCAACAUCCCUGGCUCCUGCAAAGAGACCUUCAACCUCUUCUAUUAUGAGUCGGAUACGGAUUCUGCCUCUGCAAAUAGCCCUUUCUGGAUGGAGAACCCCUAUAUCAAAGUGGAUACAAUUGCCCCAGAUGAGAGCUUCUCCAAGCUGGAGUCUGGCCGUGUCAACACCAAGGUGCGCAGCUUUGGCCCUCUCUCCAAGAACGGUUUUUACCUGGCCUUCCAGGAUCUGGGAGCCUGCAUGUCCCUCAUCUCCGUCCGGGCUUUCUACAAGAAAUGCUCCAACACCAUUGCUGGUUUUGCUAUCUUCCCGGAGACUUUAACAGGGGCUGAGCCCACCUCGCUGGUCAUCGCGCCAGGCACCUGCAUCCCCAACGCAGUGGAGGUGUCUGUACCCCUAAAGCUGUACUGCAAUGGUGACGGCGAGUGGAUGGUACCUGUGGGAGCCUGUACGUGUGCCGCUGGAUAUGAGCCGACCAUGAAGGAUACCCAGUGCCAAG